AUGAGUGAGGGCGCAACCGGGCUGAAGGAACCUCAGAAUCUCAAUAGCGAAGUAGUUUCGACUGUCGUGUCCGCGGCAUCGGCUGCAUCCUUGAACGCCGCCACCGCCCCCGUACCGGCCAAUGUGGUGACCAUACCGGUGCCCAUUCUGCAGUCGGAGGGCAACUUUGCCUACGUGACCGUCAAGGGGUCGCUGCACGACUACACCUGCACCAUUUUUGGCCUGAAUCAGGCGGAAGUUCAAGCCCUGUCCAAGCGCUUCGAGAGCGGUGUUAAGGCGUGCGUCAAUGGUAUUAUGGUGGCAGUGCCGCCCAUGGUUAUGCUGAACACUCUGGCCCAGCUAAGCUACAAGGUUGUCUGCAGUUGCGGCGAAGCCGAGAUUUGUUGGACCAUGCAACGUGAGGUCUAAUUCGUUGGAUGAGAUCACACGGUUAUAGCGUCAAGGAUCAGGCAACUGGAAGCGAAAGCAAAA